AUAACUACAAUUUACUUCUUUAAUAAUUUUAAAAAGGAUACUAUUUAUUUAGUAUAAUAUAUCUUAAAUUAAAUCGGAAAACCGUAAAUUUUCGUUUGCGGGAAAUAAUAUAUUCUAUUGCAUGAUUAAUAAUCUUGUUGAAAAAAAACAAUUUCAUUUGAAUAUGUUUAAAAUGAAUUGUUCCUCCGGUUUUACAAAAAUGAACAGUUUAAAUAUUUUCAAUAAGUUUAUUGUAAAGCGUGCGUCUUCCUCCAAUAAACCCAAUGUCAGUGUAUACAACUGGAAAACCAAAACUAAAGUGUUUUUAAAAAACAGUCGGAUGUUAACUUGGUAUAUUUGUGGGCCAACUGUUUAUGAUUCAAUGCAUAUUGGACACGCAUGUUGCUAUGUGAAAUUUGAUAUUGUCAGGAGAAUAUUGGAAAAUUAUUUUCAAAGGACAGUUGUUCAAGUAAUGAAUAUCACUGAUAUUGAUGAUAAAAUAAUAACAAAAGCAAAACGUUUAAAUAAAGAUCCAUUUCAAGUAGCAAGAGAAUACGAAAUGGAAUUUGUACAAGAUAUGCAUUUGUUAAAUAUAAAACAACCUGAUAUUUUAGCAAGAGUUACAGAAUUUAUUCCCGAGAUUAAACAUUUUAUUCAAAAUCUUAUAGAAAAAGAUUUGGCUUAUAGUUCUGUUGACGGUUCAAUAUAUUUUGACACGACCAAAUAUAAUAAAUAUGGGAAAUUUGUUAAAGUUCCUGAUAUAGUUUCAAAUUCAAUAAAAAAAUCAAGUUUAGAUUUUGCACUGUGGAAAGCCGCAAAACCAGGUGAACCAUUUUGGGAUUCUUGCUGGGGUCCUGGAAGGCCUGGAUGGCACAUUGAGUGCUCUGCUAUUGCUAGUUAUUACUUUGGGUCGAACGUAGAUUUACACUCGGGUGGGAUAGAUCUAUUAUUUCCCCAUCAUGAAAAUGAAGAAGCGCAAUGCUGUGCCUAUCAUGACGUUGACAACUGGGUAGAAAACUGGAUUUAUACUGGUCAUUUACAUUUAGGAGAUAACGUUAAAAUGUCGAAAUCACUAAAAAACACAGUAAGUGUCAAAGAAGUCCUGAAAACAUAUACUGCUAACGAAUUUCGUGUACUAUGUUUACUUUCAAACUACAAAAACGAUGUGGAAUUUAAUGAACAAUCCAUGGAAAUGGCUCGUAAAACACUAAACAAAUUUGAGUCGUUUCUAUUUAAUUGCUCUAGUCAUUUAAAAAAUAAACAAAACGUACAAGCUCCCAAAACGUCUCUGCUACAUACUUUAACAGAAACUGAAAGUGAAGUUCUCAAUAACUUAGCGGAUAAUUUUGAUACUUCAAAAGCUUUGCAGUCGUUAAUAUGUUUAAUGAAUGCUUACAACAAAUAUUUUACCAAGGAUCAGCGUUUUGAUUGUUCGUCAUUAGAAGUGAUGUUGGCUUCAAAUAUAGUGUCUAAAACUUUGGAUAACCUCGGUGUUGAUUUGGUUAAAACAAAUGUCCUAGACAAUAGUUGUAAUAUUGGUUUAGUCAUAGAUUUAAUUGUCGACUUUAGAACAAAUCUCAGGCAAUUGGCGUUAAAUUCCGGUUCUAGUUUAAACAAACAAGACGUAUUAAAACUUUGUGAUUUGUUGAGAAAUGAUAUGUCUUCUGUGAAUAUUAAAAUACAAGAUUCAAACAAAUAUUCUGUAUGGACGUAUUCCGAAGCGAUUCCAAAGGAACUCCAAGAGUUAACUGAAAGCUAAAACCUUUAUUUUAUGUUAUUAGUUUUUUUUUUUAUAAAUUUCUGUAA